ACUCCAAUAGGCAGAGCCCCAGGACCUGCCCCCGUCUGGCUCAAGGGCUGAAAAGAGCGUUGAUGCCGGCGGCCGCUAUGAGUCCUAGGAGGCGCUGGCUCCUCUACGGCGCGGAGGAGCGGCUACUGCUGCUGGUGCCUCUUUGCAGAUGUAUUGCUGUCCUUGAAUAUUAGCCCAUUUGAAAACGCCUGGGAAGUUCAGCCAUCAGUAUGUCCAAGUACAAACUUAUUAUGUUAAGACAUGGAGAGGGUGCUUGGAAUAAGGAAAACCGUUUUUGUAGCUGGGUGGAUCAGAAACUCAACAGUGACGGACUGGAGGAAGCUCGAAACUGUGGGAAGCAACUCAAAGCACUAAACUUUGAGUUUGAUCUUGUGUUCACAUCCGUCCUUAAUCGGUCCAUUCACACAGCCUGGCUGAUCCUGGAAGAGCUGGGGCAGGAAUGGGUUCCCGUGGAAAGCUCCUGGCGUCUAAAUGAGCGUCACUAUGGGGCCUUGAUUGGUCUCAACAGGGAGCAAAUGGCCUUGAAUCAUGGUGAAGAACAAGUGAGGCUCUGGAGAAGAAGCUACAAUAUAACCCCGCCACCCAUUGAGGAGUCUCAUCCUUACUACCAUGAAAUCUACAAUGACCGGAGGUAUAAAGUAUGUGAUGUGCCCUUGGAUCAACUGCCACGGUGUGAAAGCUUAAAGGAUGUUCUGGAGAGACUCCUUCCCUACUGGAAUGAACGGAUUGCUCCUGAAGUAUUACGUGGCAAAACCAUUCUGAUAUCUGCUCAUGGAAAUAGCAGUAGGGCACUCCUGAAACACCUGGAAGGUAUCUCAGACGAAGACAUCAUCAACAUUACUCUUCCUACUGGAGUCCCCAUUCUUCUGGAAUUGGACGAAAACCUGCGUGCUGUUGGGCCUCAUCAGUUCCUGGGUGACCAAGAGGCGAUCCAAGCAGCCAUUAAGAAAGUAGAAGAUCAAGGAAAAGUGAAAAAAGCUAAAAAAUAGUCUUUCCUAACUGUUGGCUAAGAAGAAAUACAAAAGAAAUGGCAUGCAGUGUGUUAUGGGUGCUGAACUCUCUCUUUCCCUGAUUUUCCAGAGCUAGGCUGUGGAGUAGAGUUUGUAUAGGUAACUUAUUUUGGCCCAGAUAAGGCUUUAGGAUGCCUGAGUGCUUAUGUCAUAAGCCUAUGAGUUAGCUUUCCUGCUAGCCCCCUAGGUAGUCACCAAACUAGUAACUAGUGGGGUUUAAUGAAGGUCAUAAGUUUCUGAGAUGGGAGAGUAACAAGUACAGAUGAUAAAGUUAAAGGUAUUUAUCUUUGAAGAAAUCAUUAUUGAGUCACCAUUGACAGGCACUAUUCCAAUCAGUAGUUUACUUUUAUAUUUAAUAAGUUUUUCUGGGAUGAUAGUAAGGAAUAUUAGAUAAUAUACCAUAUGUAUUUAUUACUAGUCUUUUAUUAUAGGAAAAGACUGAUAAUGAGGGCCAGAGGCCCAUCGAAUGAGAAAAUCACAGAUAUAUUUCUCCAAGAAAGCCAGCAACCACCACCACCAUGACAGAAAUGACAACAAAGCUCUUUAACUUGUCUUCUAGUUUAGAGACAUCCUUCAUUUGACAUUUAGUAGAAUUCCUCUUUGGUCGUAAGAAUAAGCAGCAAGCUGGGUGCGGUUGGCUUACGCCUGUAAUCCCCACACUUUGGGAGGCUGAGGUGGGUGGAUCAUGAAGUCAGAAGA